AUGAUGUUCAACAUUUGCAUUGUGUUUGCGUUUUAUCUUGUAUCAAUAAAUGGCCACGGCUAUUUAUUUGAUCCAGUUGCUCGUAGUUCAGCUUGGUUGAUUGAUCCAUCCUUUAAAGAAUGUUGUACAUAUUCCAGUCACAUGGAAAUGUUUUGCGGCGGUGUUGGACAUCAAUGGAAUACAAAUGGAGGUAAAUGUGGUAUUUGCGGUGAACCAUACGAUAGGGCAAUCAAAUUAUUUGAAAAAGGUGGAGCAAAAUAUACAGGAAAAAUCGUUAAAACAUAUAAUCAAGGAGAACAAAUCGAUGUACAAGUCAAGUUAUCAGCAAAUCAUCAAGGUCAUUUUGAAUUUCGAUUAUGUAAUGUAGAUAAUACUCCAAAUUCUGAUGCAACACAAGAAUGUCUCGAUCGUUAUUUAUUAACUAUUGCUAAUACAGACUCAACUAGAUAUCGUGAUGUUGUUAAACAUGGUUCUGACACGAUAACUGUUCGUGUUCAACUUCCGCUAGAUGUGUCUUGUCAUCAUUGUGUAUUUCAAUGGAAAUAUACAACAGGAAAUAAUUGGGGUCGAGAUUCUGCUACAAAUAAAUCAGGUCCUGGCUUAGGCAGAGAAAAUGAAACAUUUAUGGGCUGUUCUGAUAUUACUAUUUUGGCGAAUAUUCCAAGUACUACUGUUCCACCCAUUAUCUCUACAAGUACUACGACAACAACAAGCAGCUCAACGUUACGAUCGGCAAAGCGUGGGUCGAUCAAACCGACGCAGCGUUGGCCAGCACUAACCACCCAACGAUGGUCGGUACUAUCAACUGAACGAUGGUCAAUGUUAUCAAUAAAAUAUUCUUCGGUACCAUCAGCCAAGCAAUCGGCAGUGCUAACAACGAUCAUUUCAUCAUCACCAACAACAACAACAACAACCAUGAGUAUGACUACUACUCAUUCGCCUGUUCGUAUAUCACCAUGGUCAGCAUUAUUAGUUGCUUAUCAGAGAGGUGACGACGUAAUUUAUAGUGGUAUAAAAUAUCGAUGUGUUACUUCUCAUCGAUCAUAUGCAGGUGCUGAGCCUGGUCUUCUUACGUGGGCUUUAUGGCGAAAACUGGAAUGA